CUUUCCACCGUGAUAGACAAAGUUGCUUUGUUCCGCCCUUGUCGCUGCUUGUUUACUCCGCAGUCUAUCGUCAAUCUCAGCCAUUCUCACCCCGCCGCUUUGGUUCGGUCGUCAUCAUGAAGUAUGGCGCGACUCUUCGCCAGCAUUCAAUCCCUGCAUGGGCGCAUCACAACAUUGACUACGACGACGUGAAGCACUACAUCAAGGAGAACACAACCGCAGGAAACGGCAACAGCAUCUCUAUACCAGGAGCCGUCGAUGUGCGGGGGAAAGAACUCGAGGACAAUCUCUAUGGCAUCUUGCAACAACAGCAUCAGAGAAUUAGCCUGUUCAUAAGAAGCAAGACGGGUGAAAUUGAGAGACGGCUGGGUGAGUCCUUAUCUAUGCGAUCAACCACAUCACGGCAGCAUCAAUUGACUGUCGCAGACCAUCUCCGCAAGCAAACCACCUCUCUCACAUCAAAGCCUUCCGUCAAUGGCCGCAUACCUGCUAAGCGCCUCGAACGAUAUGGUCGACUCGAGGCUGAUAUCCUCAAGGCUGGUGACGAGUUGCAAUGCCUCUCCCGGUUUUCCAAGGCCCAACAGACUGCUUUCCGCAAACUGUUGAAGAAACACAAGAAGUGGACUGGAUCUACAGAACUCGAGACUGAAUUCAACAGACACGUCCUCGGCGACCCUUCAAGUUUCACCAAUAUCGACAUGGAACCGCUUUACUCGGAAUAUGAGGAGACACUCUCGGUGCUCAGGACUCUAUAUCAUGAGCGUAUCAGUGGAACGCCCCAGAAAAUCCCAGAGAACACUGCUUCCCAAACCGGACUGGCACACCUUGAAUCCAUCAUUAGCUCCAAGUCACCUGUCGAGUUCGACUCCUACAUGUCAACAUUACCCCUGGGUCGUGAUGGUAAGAAUGUAGUCUACUGGGUGCAUCCUGACAACAUCGUCGAACUACAAAUCCUGCUUCUUCAACACGCUCGCUCCUUCGCGACUGGACGAACUUCGGCUUCGGCUAUGGCUUCUCCGACCAUCUCUCGUCAAAACAGUAUCACAUCCUCAUUGGCCAGAAAGAAUAGCAUUGUUGCCGAGGCCGACACAACUUUGGUCGUUGCUGAUGAUCUUGAGAGUUUUGUGGCGCAUCAAAGCUCGUCAACUUUUGAAGAGCGUGAGGACAAAGUGGGCAGUCUUCUUCAGGAAGCUGCUGUUCAUGCAAGAUGGGCCAAAGGUGAUGAUGCAAUUGUCAUCGCUCGUUCUAAUGAUAGUGACAUUCAAAAGGCUUCGAUCAAGAGCAAGCAUGUCUCUGCCAUUCUCGAGCCUUCGUCCACAAUGUCGCUGCACAAAUCUUUCUCCUCGAACGACAAGAACAAUGAGUCCGCCGAGAAGAUGCGUGCCUGGAUUGCUCGACAGGAAACAAUCGAGCCUUUGACCACCAUCGUAUCGAACAGAGCUCGCUUCGCUGAAAUUGCCUCUGACUCUAGCGGGUUCAUUCUUGCCACUCUGGAUAAGAACAUUCGUAUGACCAAAGCCGGGUCUUUGACGAACUCGUUGGAAGAUACGUUCACACAGUCUCUGAGUGCAGAAUUUCCCUUUGCAGUCCUUCGCGUACGACAAGAAGGUUUCAGGAACAGCACACUUCUCAAAGUCCUGGAUCAGAAUCAUCUUGUCGAGCGUGUUCGUGGCUUCUCGCUGGAGUAUCACUCAGUUUGGUAUUGCUGUCAACCUGAGAAUGUCGUUCCCCCUUUCUGGAUGCCUCUGAUGAAGAAGGACAUCCGCAAGGUACCUACAGCGGCAAGUAGACGUAGAGCGUACAACAACGACUCUAGUUACGGCUCUCAAUCAACUACGCCUCAAAUGUCGACUUCGACUGGAUCUGUCGGCGAUCACACUGGCGAAUUGACUGCUGUAGAAGAGCAGUCGCCGCCCAGAGUGAAGAUUCCUGAUCAGUUGGAGACCCCUCCGCUCAGCGCUUUCCGCAAGAAGAGAAAGUCGGCUUACGAAAGGGCUGGUGGUGCUUUGCCAAAGCAGAAAUACUGGAACGAGUUCGACAACCCAUCUGAUUCGGAAGAUGAGGGUGCUUAUGUAUUGUACAUUGACCCGAACGAAGUGUCGACUGCUACUAAGACGUGGCGUCGCAUUCGUGGCUUCUGGACUUCGAAGAAGGUAUCUGAUCAGGAGUCCCUCUUGGGUCACGAUGGCACUGGCGAACACGGAAUGACCGAGGAAACACUUACCUCUUCUGAUGAGGAAACGGCGACUCCUAGACGCUCUCAGCGUCGUUCUUACGGAACAUUGGGCGGCCCUGCUGGACGUGUGGCUUCAUACAAUGCUCAGGUACAGGUACAGCAACAACCUGACUGGGUCCCACAGCUUGCAGCCACAUGUCUUGUCGCAUCUGUUCUACUUCUCUGUAUCGGCUACAUACUAGUGGCCACAGGCAAGAGAAAAUUGGCAUCCGAGGUUGAUGCUGGUGUUGUGUUGGCGGUGGCCUCAAGUCUGGCCUUCGCCGUAUCGGGCGUCGGUGCUGUGUUUGGCAGAGGAACACCGCGAUGGCCGAUCGCUACCUUGGUUAUUGGUAUCCUCGUCGUAGAUGUCGCAGCGGCAAGCACGCUGCUGGCUUGGGCUUUUGGUUAAGUUGACACCCUACCCUUUCCUGUUCUCCGCCUCCCCGUCUCUCACCAUGUUUUCAUUUUUUUUCUUAUUGUUCUCUUCGUUGUCUAUAAUGCUUCUACUCCUUUCCUUUCUAUUACUGUUUCAAGCGGGCGGAUUUGCUUUCUUUGCUCUGAUGUUUAGGAUACCACUACGUUAUUGGAAGUUUUUGGCAUGAGGGAUAUUUUCAUGGGAUCAAAUCGGUUGGACGAGAGUUGAAGGAUAAC